AUGCAUGAUCCUCUGGCAAUCGACAUCACCUUUCAGGCAUUGCUGUUGCUGAGUCUCUCACCUGAGCUCAUCUUCCAAAUCGUCGACUGUGCCUAUCCUUCCACCAUUCUUACUCUCGCUCUCACCUGCUCUUCCUUUCACCACCUGGCGCCAUCCUCUGCUCGUAAGCCGCUCCUCGUGGGGGAUCAGCAGCUUCAUUACAGUCGGGAUACGCCAGAAACUGGACUUGCAAAUUGGGAGGACAGGCUCUUCUAUUCGAAGCAUCUACUGUUAGCAUCUGAAUACAUUCCUGGGGGGUGUGUGUUUGAUGUUUCUCUAAAACACAUCGGACAGAUUGUGCAAUGCAAGGCAACGAGAAUGACAAUCUGUUCUUUCCCCUUAUCAACUAUCCACUACCUAUCUACCAUCACAGAACCAUCAUCGUCACCUCGCCGCCGCAACCCUGGCCGCAGACCCGCAUCCCCGAACCUAGGAGGAGUAGGUUGCAGCGGCUAUUACGAUUUGCAAGAGGAGAAUGGGGAUUAUGAUCUCGAAGUUCAAGGGCCGGGCAAUGGCCACGGAUUCUAA